AUGACAAUCAAUAGUCAGGGCGGUAGGUGGAAAAUGACAAAGUAUUUCACAACUGCCACUUGGGCGGCGAGAUUUUGGGAGGUGAACUUUGCACAAGCCGGGUCACACUGCCACUUGGGCGGUCCAAGAACUUUCUUCCUUAACAAGCCCCCAAAAAUCGGAUUUUUUGAUAGUUUAUCCAAUUAUAACAAAUACUUCCGAGCUGGUGAUCACUACUUCGAUGCCUUGAUUGUAGACUCACCUACCAAAUGUAUCCAACCACUUGAUUUGCACGAUUUAUGCUGA